CGUUUAAAUGAACAUUUAAGCAAUGUUCUACACAACGUAGAUCGCGCUUCAGCUUAAAAAAUAGUUACAUACUCUGACUUGGAAAUACACGGCGAUCUUGAGUGCAUCGAUAAUUUCAUUUUCUUUCAACAUGUUGUCAUAUUAUUAAGUUUUUCAAUAAGGAUUUUUACUGUUAAACGUACAACAAAGACGUACAAAUUUGAAUUAAAUCGGUCUUGUGACUGAUAUCUUUCUGAAUUUUCACAAUUUUCGGCUGAUAUCAAUUUUCUCGACGCACCAUGAGCACACCGCAGGUAGUCUCCCGUAAAAUUGGGACCGUGAAGCAGAUUGUUUCUGGUGAUACAAUUACGAUUAGAGAUCAACCAAAGGAUGGACCACCACCUGAGAAAACAAUAUGUCUUUCGAAUAUUAUUGCUCCGAAAUUAGCCCGCAGAGCUAUUGGAAAUUCUGAAGAAACGAAAGAUGAACCGUAUGCUUGGGAAGCGAGAGAAUUUCUUCGCAAUAAACUUAUUGGAGAGGUCGUGACUUUUGUGGAAGAAAAGACUAUAAAUAAUAGAACAUACGGAAAUGUUUGGUUGGGAAGAGAUACUAGUGGACCAAGUGUAGCGGAACAACUCGUUUCCGAAGGGCUUGUGAACGUGAAAUCAGAUACUCGCAAUGUCACCCCAGAAUUGCAACGAUUACAAGAUUUGGAAAAUUCCGCAAAAUCGGCAGGUAAAGGAAAAUGGCCGAAUCCUUCAUCGCAAGCCCAUAUGCGUGACAUCAAAUGGACUGUCGAGAAUCCACGAGCUUUGGUCGAACGUUUAGGUGGAAAACGUGUGAAAGCUGUCAUUGAACAUGUUCGCGAUGGUUCAACAGUCAGGGCUUUUCUUUUGCCCGACUUUUAUUAUGUCACAUUGGAAAUGGCGGGAAUUCGUUGCCCAAAACUUGAGGCUGAAAGUGAAGAAAAAUCAUUGGCUAAAGAAGCUCAAUAUGUCACUGAGUCAAAACUUUUACAAAGACAAGUUGACAUAAUACUCUAUUCGGCUAAUAAUAAUAAUUUUGUUGGUAGAAUUAUUCAUCCAAAAGGUGAUAUUGCUGAAUUUCUUUUGAGUUUUGGUUACGCUGAAUGUGUAAGUUGGUCAAUGAAUAAUCAAAUGAAAGCCGAUGUUUUGAAACAAUAUCAAAGCGCAGAGAAAGCGGCCAAGGAUAAACAAUUACGUAGAUGGAAAAAUUAUAAGCCACCAAGUGUAAGUACUGAGCUUAUGGAAUUUAGUGGUAUUGUCACAGAAAUUGCCAAUGCUGAUGCAGUUCUUGUGAAAUUACAAUCGGGCGAUGUGAAAAAAGUCUUUCUCAGCAGUAUUAGGCCACCACCACGUGACAAGAAAUUUCAAAAUGAAGAUGGAACUGUCACAAAACCAAAAGAUUUCCGACCACUCUAUGAUGUACCAUGGAUGUUUGAGGCUCGUGAAUUUCUACGAAAAAAACUCGUUGGCAAAUUGGUGAAGGUGUCUGUUGAUUAUAUUCAACCAGCGAAGGAUAAUUUCCCAGAGAAAACUUGUUGCACGGUGACUAUUGGAAAAGUAAACAUUGCUGAAAUGAUGGUAUCAAAGGGACUUGCGACAGUUGUUAAAUAUCGUCAAAAUGAUGAUCAACGUUCGAUUCACUACAGCGAAUUGUUGGCCGCCGAGAGUAAAGCCGAAAAAUCACAGUACGGUCUUCAUGCAAAAAAAGAUGUUCCAAUGCAGAGAAUACGCGAUGUCUCGACUGAUCCUGCAGCUGCUAAAUCUCAUUUACAAUCAUUGAAACGAGCUCGUGAAAUAAAAGCCGUGGUUGAAUUUGUCACAAGUGGAUCGCGCUUGAAACUUUUUGUACCCAAGGAAUAUUGUUUGAUUACAUUUUUAUUAGCAGGCGUAAAAGCUCCACGUGCUCCACGUAUUAUACCCGGUUCGGGAAGCGGUGAAGGUGAACCAUUUGGUGAGGAAGCUCUCAAAUUCACAAGGGAACAUUGUUUACAAAAAGAUGUUGACAUUCAAGUCGAGAAUAUGGAAUCAAAGGGAAGUGGUUUUAUUGGCUGGUUAUUUGUUGACGGUGUUAAUUUAUCCGUUGCUCUCGUAGAAGAGGGUCUCGCCACUGUUUCAACUUUCAUGGAGCAGGGAGAACAUUUCAAGAUUCUCAAGGCCGCGGAAGAGAGAGCCAAGGCUAAGAAACUAAACAUUUGGAAAGACUAUGUUAAAAUCGAGGUGGAAACUGAAAAAGUCGAAGAGGAAAAUAAAGUUGUAGAGAGAAAGAUCAAUUAUCACGAGGUUGUUGUUUCGGAAAUUACCGAGGAUCUUCAUUUUUAUGCGCAAAAUGUCGAUCAACGUAAUUUAUACGAGGGAUUAAUAGCGCGAUUACGACACGAAUUAACGGAAAAUCCACCACUUCCGGGCGCUUAUAAUCCACGACGUGGGGACAUGGCCGCUGCUAAAUUCACUGAAGACGAUCAAUGGUAUCGUGUGAAAAUUGAAAAAGUUUCCGGUCCCAAUGUCAAUGUAUUCUACAUUGAUUAUGGAAAUCGAGAGACAUUGAAUGUGACAAGAGUUGCCGCAUUACCACCUGGAUUUUCGAGCGAUCGGCCUUUUGCCUCUGAAUAUAUGCUUGCUUGCGUAAAACUACCGCAAGAUAAUGACUACAAGAAAAUGGCGAUUGACGCUUUCCGAGAAGACGUCGUGACGGGAGAAACUUUACUCUUGAAUGUUGAAUUCAAAGUAAAUAAUCUACCAGCAGCAACAUUGGUCGACUCGACAAGCAAUGAAGACGUCGGUAAAGGACUAAUCGCCUAUGGCUUUUUAAUUGUCGAAAAGAGUCGAGACAGAAGACUCAAAAAAUUGAUGGAAGACUAUAAAGCAGCAGAGGACGAAGCGAAGAAAAGUCGCUUGAAUAUUUGGGAAUAUGGUGACAUCACUGAAGACGAUGCCAAGGAAUUUGGCGUUGGUCGUUAAAAAAAAAUACAUCAUUCAAAAACAAAAAAUGGGGUUUUACAUGGUCAGACUGUCUAGUUGUUUAAAUCAACAAAUUUAUAACAAUAAGCACUGUCCAAACAAAAAAUGAACAGAAUUGACAGGCAGUUUUUUUUGUUAAACCUUUUUUUUUUUCUUAGUACAUUUUACAGUGAAAGGCAUAAUAGAGAGAAAUUAUGAAACAUUAUGUCAAUAUAAUUAACCAUAGCGCGCCAUACGAAAUCUAUCACUAUAAAUUCUUUGUGAGAAUGUUAUAAAUAUAUAUACGAGUUGAUUUUACAAUUCUUGAAAAAAACGUAUAAUUAAAAAUUUAUUCAAUUUUUGUUGAUAAGUUUGCAAAUGUUUUAUUUAAAAUUGACUCUCUCUUUCUCUCUCGCUCGUUAGUUCCUUUCUUUUUUUUUAAAAAAAAAAACAAAGCAUAAUUUAUAUUGUGAUUUUUUACUUCCUUGUUUUUUUAAUCCGCAUUUAAAAUAUAAUUACUGCGGUAUUUCAGUUGUUGAUUUUUUAAAUGUAGCACACAACUGAAUAAUUGUGUUCAAAAAAAAAAAAAGAAAGUAUAUAGAUUUUUUUAUAUUACCAUUUUAUCAGUAGUAUUUUGUUGUCGAAUUAAUAAAUUUUCAACAAAAAAAAAAAUGAAAAUUUAUAUAUUCAACUGUUAUUUAUAAUGGAAAAAUUGGGAUGAUGAAUUUUUUUAUUUAUCAUUAUAUGCAAUUCCAUAUGAAAAAAGAAAGUAAAAACAAUUAUUCCGGGGGUUAUGUGCCAAAAUGUCGUGUAUUAUAUAUUUUUUUUUUCUUAAUUGAAAAAAUAAUCGAAUUGUUACUUUUAGUUAAAAUAAUAUUCAUCAAGUAGUUGUUUUCCUGUUAUAGUUUUAAAUCGACUCAUUUUACCUGAAGGCUGAAUUCAAUCAUCACUUGAUAUUAUAUAUAUAUAUUUAGAAUUAAUUGAAAAAAAAGAAAGAAAUGUUUACAAUUUUUAUCAAAACAAAUUCAUGUGAUUAAACGCUAACAAAUGGGUUUAUUUUAUUUACAACGUGCGUGGAAUAUUGGCUUCGUCUCUGUAAUGUUUUCUUUUAUUGUAAAAAAUAUAAUAAUUAUAUUUUUCACAA